AUGGCGGAUUUAUACCCUCCCUUCCCGACCAGACCCUCCACAAAGGCUAACCCCAUACACAGAAACGAUAGAAGUAAUAACUACACGCGCCGUUUUCUUGAUUUCAUCAACCAAACAGUGCUCAACAAGUUUUGGGAACUCCUCCAUCUAUUGUUCAUCGGCAUUGCUGUUUCUUAUGGCUUGUUUGGUCGUAGAUCAAAUGCUGAUAAUGUUAGUCAUGAAUAUUCUCACUCGUAUGCUUCUGGAAUUUCCCAUUUUUCGUCUGUUUUUGAAGAUGAUUUUGAUCAUUCGAUAUGCUAUAGUGUACAUGGCAAAGCUGGGUCUUUUAAUGUUAAAAAUGGUAGCUUUGAGAGCCCUUACGUGGAAAAUGUUGUUCAAGCUUGGAGUUCAAAGUGCGUUCUAGGGGAACACAUGGUUGUAUUGGCUCGACCGCAUUGUGAAUUGGUUUCGUUUGUAGAUCAUAAACCCUUGGGGUUGCCUGUUAGGAGCUUAAAAUCCGGGGUUGAAUUUGGCACUGGAUCAAGUGAGUUCUCUGGUACAAAUGUGGUGGAUUCGUCUGAUAGUUCUGAUAAGAGUGAAGGUGAGAGUUCUAGUGAUUUAGGGUCUGAAAGUUUGGAAGGAAAGUAUAACGAGAAUGAUGUUUUGGAUUCUCCGAUCCCUUGGCGGUCGAGAUCUGUAAGGAUGCUACAAAGAGUUGGCGGCGGCGGUGCCACUCGGGCUUCUCAUUUUAGGCCUCUCUCAGUUGAUGAAACUCAAUUUCAAUCACUCAAAUCACGGUCUUUCUAUUCGGAACUCAGUCCACAUUCACCGAGUAGCUUAUCUCCCUCACAUUCUAGUUCACCGGAAUCACUGAAUUCCGAUGAAUUGAAGCAAUAUCUUGGAGGUAACUCUAGCAUGCAAAACCCGACAUUUUCCAAGAACCAGAACCGAGAACAACGGGAGUGUUCGGAGUCGGAGAAAGAUGAUGAAGAUUUCCGAGUAAGCUCGGAUGAAGAUUUCCGAGUAAGCUCGGAUGAAGAAACCAUAUCCGGGACUUUGAGUGUAGCGGGAAGUGAUAGUUAUGUGGUUGAUAGGAAGGCUGGUGAGUUCAUAGCCAAGUUCAGAGAGCAGGUUAGGCUUCAAAGAACAACAUCAAUUGAUUCACUAAAAGGGCUCAAGCCAUCUGGUAAUUUUUUCAGAUGA